UUUAGAGUCAGGUAGCUCCAUAUUUGGCAUACGGAGAUUCAAACAACUCUGCCCCUCUGGAACUGUAACUAGGGCCAAAGCGCGCACAGAGGGUUUGUGCAAUGCACACUCCCGUCCAUGGGCUCCUCUUCAACGGAGUCAACCAGUCUCUGGUUUUCAGUCCUACGGAUGAUCCGAUCAUGGGGAACCUUGGCAAUGGCACCGUCCUCCCGAACGGGAGCGAUCCUUUUGGAAGAAACGAAGAGGUCGCCAAAAUAGAGAUAGCGGUCCUCAGCAUCACCUUUGUGGUGGCUGUGAUUGGGAACGUCAGUGUCUUGCUGGCCAUGUUCAACACUAAGAAAAAGAAGUCGAGAAUGCACCUCUUCAUCCGGCACCUCAGCAUAGCUGAUCUGGUGGUCGCUUUCUUCCAGGUCCUGCCGCAGCUCUGCUGGAAGAUCACCUUUCGCUUCUACGGGCCAGAUGUCCUGUGCAGGAUAGUGAAGCACCUCCAGGUGAUGGGCAUGUUCGCCUCCACCUACAUGAUGGUGAUGAUGACCGUGGACCGUUACAUCGCCAUCUGCCAUCCUCUGAAGACCCUUCAGCAGCCCACCCAGCGGUCCUAUAUUAUGAUCAUCAGCACCUGGAUGUGUAGUCUGGUCCUCAGCAUGCCGCAGUACUUUAUCUUCUCUCUGAGUGAGAUCAAGAACGGUUCGGUUGUCUACGACUGUUGGGGCCACUUCAUAGAACCGUGGGGCGUAAAGGCGUACAUCACUUGGAUAACCGUCAGUAUAUUCGUAAUCCCAGUGUUCAUUCUGAUGAUAUGCUACGGGUUCAUCUGCCACAGCAUUUGGAAGAACAUAAAGUAUAAAACCAGAAACACACACGCGGGUGUUGCGUCUAAAAACGGUCUGAUCGGAAAUAACUCUGUUAGCAACGUUACUACUAUAUCCAGAGCGAAGUUGAGAACUGUCAAAAUGACGUUUGUGAUUGUCCUGGCUUACAUAAUAUGCUGGUCACCUUUUUUCAUCGUGCAGAUGUGGUCGGUGUGGGAUGAGAAUUUCGCAUGGGACGAAUCCGAGAACACCGCUGUCACACUGUCCGCGCUCCUCGCGAGUCUAAACAGCUGCUGUAACCCGUGGAUAUACAUGAUCUUCAGCGGACAUCUUCUGCACGACUUUACUCUCUGUUUCCCGUGCUGUAAUAAAUUACGCUACAAGUUCAAGAAAGAGGACUCGGACAGCAGUCUCCGGAGAAAUACAGUAUUGACUAAAAUGACCAACCGAAGCCCAACGUGCAGUUCAGGCACUUGGAAAGACAGUGACAACUCCCCCUAGUUCUCCAUUCAAUCUAGUCAAGCAGAUACCUAACAACGUGUUAAACGCACAAACACAAGCUGGUGGUUAUUUAUUGAUUGACUCUUAUUGACUUGACAAUUCUAAGACUUUCAAGGUACCACUUUAAAACGGGUGGGAUACUGACACUGAUUGGUUGAUGUAAAAUAGAUGAGCAUUACACCGUUGUUUUGGGAUAUAUUGUCUGGAUUGUCUGUCAGAAAAACAUCUCAAGAAUGAAGUCUUGAGAAGUCAGAGUGAUAAACCAAAAUCACAAAGUGAUAAACUAUUUCCUCUGGUAAAACAUGUUAUAAAUUGAAGAUAAUAUUUUAUGUGCCAUAUAGUCUACAGGCCAGUGUUUCAACAGGUUCCAAACCUGAUUCUCUGGAGUCUAAGACAGUUUAUAAUGGGUGAAAUACAUCAGUUCUGAAUUUGAAAAUGUAAAGUAGAAAAGAAACUGAUCAUCUGAACUAUCUAAAUACCAACAGCUAUAUCAGUUGAGUAAAAUAAUAAUAAUAAUAAUAAUAAUAAUUUCUAAACAUUCCACACUCCCAGGGUCUUCUUUCCAAUGCACUAAUGAUUUUCCGGUCUAGGAAUUUCUACAGCAAAGCCUAGACUAAUUCAGAUGAGGACAGAUCUCAGUGACUAAGGACCCUGGAUUAGAUCACAGGUUGCCAGUCUGUGUUGGCCAUAUUUCCCCAUUGAGCCACUCUCUCAGUGUGAAUUAAAAAACAAAUUGGGCCUGGAUGGUUUACAAAGCAACAGAGAUGUCUGCCUGCCUGUUGGAUUUCUACACAGACACACCAGGCCAGGGGCGCAACUUUGUUUUUAGAAGUGUGUGUGUGUGGGGGGGGGGGGGUUGUUUAUUUAAUCCAGUGGGAUAAACACUCAAAACAGCCUACCCGACUGAUCGGAGGCGUCCGCAUGGUCCUAAAGCACACGAGCCUCGUUUUGUAUCACAUUCUAAUUAUACAACUGGGGGGGGCAAAAAUGCAAUUUCAGAAUGUGUGUGGGGGCAUGUCUCCCCGUCCGCAGUGAAAUUUGCACCCCUGCCCCAGGCAAUGUUCCCUCUAAACUGUGGAGAAAUAUCAGACCAUGGAGAGGAGCGUGAGAUUGAACUUAACCUAACUUUCUAGAGCAGUGGUCACCAACGGAUCAAUCGCAAUCAACUGAUCGAUCUCCAAGGCUAUUCUAGUCGAUUGCCAAACAUUUCUCUAAAAACAACAAUGAUGUUCCUUUUUUUGGUUAUUUUUUUUUUGCAUUUCGGGCUGUUGGCAGUAGGUGCACCCGAUUCAGCUACCCUGCGCAAACUGUUGCCAUUUUGAACCAUUUCAUGUGACUGAAGGUACAAACUCUGCCUUCCCAGUGGGCACAGAGAGCAAAUCAAGUGCAAAUAUAAACCUACUACUGGCCAAUCGGAUGUUUAUCAUGUAUGCAGUGUCGUAGCUACAGUAACGUAGCUACAGCAAAAUUGAUACUGUGAGAUUGAAACAUUUAAAACCAUGACUAGAGAGAGACUGUCAACGAAUACAGCAAAGAAUUGCUGUUUUUAUGAUUGAGUUCAUGUUUAAGUUCUUACUCAGCACUGUAAACACUUUGUAUUCAACACUUUUAUAAGACAUAAAAUGCACUUUCUUCCUAUUUCCACCCAGCGCUACAACAAGCACUGAAGCAAUAAUGAAUGAGAAGGAAAGUGUAUCUAUAGGCUUGCGUUGUUGUUAUUAUUAGUGGCUUGGGUCUUGUUUAAUAUUGAA